ACGGGCGUCUCCCGGGUGGUUGCUAGCAGCUAAACGUCGUACAAACAUUAUGCCCGUCGCCCCCACCAGUCCCUCCCUCCGGCUCGAGGACAGGGAUGUCCUACUCCUUCUUCUCCUCCUCUUUGGUGCCUUCAGCCAGGAGGCGGGAGUGACCCAGAGCAGCUGACCCAGCUCGGGCACUGCCUCUCCCACAGCCCUCAGACACACCAUGGGCCCAGAGGCAGGUUUGCGGCACAGCAGCGACGACGCAGGUGGCGGCCCCGGCGACUCUCAGCUGCCUCCCUGACCAUUGCAGGCACCGCCCAACAUCCCCGAAGAAGCCAUCGACACCGCCAGUAAGAAAACCUAGGGGCCGGCGAAACUAUCUUCACGAUUCGCUACAGCUACGCCAACAACUAUGGCGGACGAGGGGCGGCGGGCCGAGCCGGCGGGCGAGCGCUGGGGGAUGUACGUCACGUCCAGGGCCCCCCUGCGGGAGGGAAGGCGCCGCCGGGCUUCUCAAGAUGGCGGCGGCGGUGACGCGCUCGCGUACGGAACUCCUCCGUCACGGCAGGGCCGGCGGGAAGUGAGGUUCUCAGAGGAACCGCCAGAAGUGUACGGCGACUUCGAACCCCAGAUGGCCAAAGAAACGUCCCCAGUGGGAAGACAAACCCCGCCCAAAGAGUUCCAGCCGGAUUCUGCUAAAGAGGAAGGGAGAGAAAGCGCCUACUACCUUCGGUCUCGGCAGCGGAGGCAGCCCCGACCCCAAGCAGUCGAAGAGAUGAACACGCGGAGGACCGCCCGCCUUCUGCAGCCUCCGCUACAGCCGUCGCCGGUUACGACGCUCCCGCCUGGGGUCCCCCCGAGCCGCCGGCGGGAGGAGGCACUGACCGGAGGAGGGAGGAGGUUCUCAGAAGGCAGAACCCCCAGAGCUGAGGAUCAUGAGGAUGAACCAUCUUCUCAAACUGUUACAAACCAAACAGUCUCAAAGAAAUCUGUCAGAACACAAGAAGUUCCAGUGACCAGUGAAGACCCUGUAAUUAGCCUUUGUAGACCCCCUCUGAGAAGCACAAGAUCUGAUUCAGCAUACAGAACAAAUGAAAAUACUAAAAUGAAAGAAUUAGAAGCCUCUAGUGUUGAAGAGAAGGUCAAUUUCUCAGAAGAAGGAGAAACUGAAGAUGACCACCAAGAUGGUUCUUACAGUGAUGUCACUACUGUUAAGGUCAGAUCCGGGGAUUCUGUUGAAUCUGGAGAUCAAACCACCAGAUCAUCUGGUCAACGUCCAGAAUCAGUUCAGAGAUUACCACAAAGUCAAGACUCCGUAGCUCAUAAUAAGCAAUCUUCAGUGCUGAGCUCAGGAUAUCAAAAAACCCAUCAGGAAUGGUCUGAAAAAAAUAUAAGAAUGAGAACUAGGAUGCAAAGUGGCAGCAUUCAGAUGUCAAAGCUUGGAAACCAGUCUCCAUCACUCUCCAGACAAUCAGUAGCUGAACAGCCCCAAAAUGAAUAUUUUUUCAAGAAGAAAUGGUUUCUUUGCCUACUUGUUGUGAUAAAUGUUUUUGUCCUUUGGAAUUUUUCAUUUUUUCAUACUCCUGAGGUAGAAACUACUGCUGUUCAAAUGUUCCAGAACCAGAUGAAGCAACUUAGAAACAAGUACCAAGGUCAAGAUGAGAAGCUGUGGGAAAGAAGCCUAACGUUCCUUCAGAAACAUCUUAAUAGCUCCAAUCCUCGGCCUCAGCCUGCUAUCUUGCUGCUCACUGCUGCCCAAGAUGCGGAAGAAGCACUUAAGUGUCUGAGUGAACAAAUUGCUGAUGCCUACUCUUCCUUUCGGAGUGUCCGUGCCAUCCGGAUUGAUGGAACAGGCAAAGCUGCUCAAGACAGUGAUGUUGUCAAACUGGAGGUAGAUCAGGAAUUGAGCAAUGGUUUCACAAAUGGCCAGAAUGCAGCUGUGGUACACCGCCUUGAAUCACUGCCUGCUGGCUCUACUUUAAUCUUUUAUAAAUAUUGUGAUCAUGAAAAUGCAGCCUUCAAAGAUGUAGCCUUAGUCUUGACUGUCCUAUUGGAGGAGAAAACCCUUGGAACCAGUCUAGGCCUAAAGGAAAUUGAAGAAAAAGUGAGAGAUUUCCUCAAAGUUAAGUUCACCAGCUCCAGCACCCCUAGCUCCUAUAAUCAUAUGGACCCAGACAAGUUGAAUGGGCUUUGGAGCCGUAUUUCUCACUUAGUCCUACCUGUACAGCCUGAAAAUGCUCUGAAAAGUGGCAUCUGCUUGUAAGGGGUGAAAAAAGAAAAAUCAUGUCUCAGAUUCUAAGAAAUUACCAGACUUUUUUAAACCAGGAUAGAAUUCAAAGCACUUUUUGAAUGAACUGGUUUCUUUUUAAAGGAAGUUAAGUUCUUAUAUAAACAUGGAACAUUAAAUCAUUUCUUAAACCUAAUUACCUGUGAUUUGAGAGAAUUAUUUCUCAUUUUGUUGUGUUGAAUAUUUAGAGGAGUGCAAAUUGUGUGCAUUCCCGUCAAGGAUCUGCUGAUUCUGGGCAGAAUCAGUGCUAUAGCAUGAACAGUUUGAAGGCCUAGGUGCCUUUCCUAUGAAUAAGUCUUGUUUUUUUAACUUAACUUAGGUUUUUUAAGUUUGUUGAGUUAAUGAGGCAGCUCUUUAAUUAUGACUAUGGGUUUUCCCGUUAUGUUUCCUCUUACAUCAUUUAGGCCUGAGUUCCUUAGUCAUCUGGAACAACGGUAAUGAAAUAUCAUCUAUGUAUGUGUUUAGAUUUUUUUCCCUUUAUUUUUGGAGAGAGGAGGAAGAGGAAAGGGAAGAGAGGAAUAAUAAAAUGAAUAAAGAAGGAAAUGUAAGGCUAAAAAAAUCUUCAGUAUGAAAUGUUACAGUGAGCCACUAAGAGGUAGGUUAGUGAAACAUCUAAACCCGCAUCUUAGUAAAUUCUAUUGGGAACUUUUUGUAUUUAUUAUUUUUUUCACUCUAAGAAAUUCUUGGUUAUCCCACGAAUUUUUAGUCUAUAUAUUAGAAGGCUUCAUAUAUUUGCUCAUUGACUUUUAAUGGUAAAUUCAGUGCAGUCUACUUUGUGCAAAUCUGUUUUUGUUUUGAAUUAAGAAAUAACAGUUUCAGAAAUUGGUAAGCCAUUUGUUAACCUAUUCUGAGCAGGUUUGAUUUAAUUUCUGCUUGUCCACUUGUUGCAGUCUGAGUCUUUUAAUGGCACUUCGUAACAAAUGUAGAUUUACUACGCAUGUGAUAAAUUUGAGUGCUUCAAGCCAAAAAAGACAGUGAACUUUAUAACAUACAAAGAGUGUUAAAUGUAUAACUGGAUUUUUCUCAUCUUUCAACUGCUUUGUGUUUUUCAAAUAUAAUUCUAGAUCUACUUUGAGGUGUUUUUUUUUUUUUUUUUAAUUGUCCAUAAGCUAUUAAGUGAAAAUACUGUUUUUAGAGUACUGGAGCCAGAUAUCUGCUUUAUUUACCCUUUGAGAGCCUCACAGCUUAUAGUAAGUGUGGUCUGAUUUCUUCCCACCAGAAUUACCAGCAUUCAUAAGUGUAUACCCAUUUAUUAUAAUUUGUUCCUAACAGUAAACAUGAUUUGAUUUAUAGAGGAUUAUAAAACAAAAUUUUGAGUAUUAUUUUAUACAUUCAUAUUAUAUGGAGAAACAAAUGUUUU